GGACGGCCAUCUUGACUACGCGAUCGUGCGAGCUCCCGUCGCCGUCGGUCCGCGUCGACCGUCAACGUUCGCGAUCGCCUCGCUCGCGAGAAAUCAUCGGGAGCAUUAAAUCACGCGCGGGACCGGCGGGACAUCGGCGCCUGCCGUCGUCGGCGACGCGCGUGGACGGAAGCGGUGCGGCCGAGCAGCGCGGUGGUCGGUACGCAGUGCACAGCUGAUCGGUGGCCCCGACGGACGGUAGCUGCUCUUGCUGCUUGCCUCGGCUCGUCGUCUCUCGAAGGCGAAAACGCGAAAACGGAGCGGACACACACACACACACAGAAAGACAUAUACAGACAGAAAAAGACAGAUAGGAGGAAAAACGCGAGUGAGAGCUGAGAGCUUGAGAGGCAGGACGCGAGAGACCGCCCGCGCCCGCGCCGGUGCGGAGUUGCGGAGACUGUGGGCCGCGUGUACCGCGAUUGCGCUCGUCGGUGACAGGUGAAAGCUCCGUGAGAGACGAAAAGAGUUUCUGCGAGGAAAAGGGAUACGGGAUUCUCUUGAAGAACGACUGCGGUGCUGGUCCCUUCCUCUGGCACGGACGAGGUGUAGGUGUUCGUGAAGAGGAAGAGGAGGAGGAGGAGGAAGAAGUGCACGACGUCGCAGCCCGCUCGUCGGACGUCUCCGAUGGUUGCCGUCCGGUAGGCCCUGCCAGGAGGAUGGGGGCCCACGAUGGGGGAGUGCCACUGCUCUAACAUCACUAUCAUGCAGCUGUUCCACGAGCUGAAGCAGCAGUUCCCCGCGCUCCCUGAUCACGUCGUCUCCCAGUGCAUCGCCCAGAACAGCCACGACCGGGAGACAUGCGCGAGAAGCCUGCGGGCCACCCAGGAGUCCCGUCCGUCGCCGGGCGCGUUUCCACCCCCGGCCCCCUGUAUCGGCGUGCAACAGCCUGUACCACCGUCGCAGUCGCAGCAACCGCAACAACAGCAACAACGAGAGCAGCAACUCGCGUUGCAGCGUUGCUGCACGAUGAACCAAACGGUCGCGAGCAACGUCGGCGUCGUCGGGCGUCCCCAUCGACCGGCGUCGCUGGACAUCGGUAUGACUCGUCGCUACCCCCCCGCAGGUUGCACCCGCACCGCUGCCGCCGUCGCCGUCGCAGCUGUGACGCCGGCGUCGUCCAGCGGUAUCGUCACCCCCUCGUCCGCGCCGGCCGCCUGCACGUCGCGCGGCUUCUUCGACGACGGUUGCACCGUCAAUAGCAACAGCAACGGCAGCAUCGCGCCGCCCGGCUUCGAGCUCAACGUCAACGUCGCCUGCAGCCCCGCGGGAAAUCGCGAUUUUCAAACGGCACCAGCGAGCGGUGCCUGUAAACGAAGCGACCUCGCGGUCGUGCCACGACCUCAUUACGCCGAGCCUCUGUUAGCCAUCGGGAAGUCCGAGACGCAGAUCGAUCACACGCGAAGUUACACGUCGGUCAGCCUGACCCUUCGGCCGCCCUCCUCCGAGCCGCAACCCCCGAUCGAUAUUAGGUCGGAAGGAUCGAGCCUGACUUACUCGACCUCGUCCUUGGACCCGCGUGGCUUUCAAAGCCGCCUGCAGAUCAGCAUCGGUCCUGGAAACGUUGGCAGCGUGGCGGCGGCGAGGAUCAGACCGCCGAUGACUAAGCCGUACAUCUUGCCGCCGUGGACUCAAAGCCCACUGCGGUCGCCUGAACUUCCGCCAGAACCACCGAACCAACUGCCAAGGCCUACGACGACGAUGAGCGCGCCGACUACACCCUCCAUACCGCCGACGACGAAUAUCGUCCUAGGUUGCAGCCUCCCGACGACGCCAUCCGGGCCCACGACGAGCAGCAGCGGCGUCGCGCCUCCCGCCGUCGCCACCUCUUCCUCCAUCGGGGACCACGCAGCUUCCGAUCGAAACCGAUCGCCGUUGUGCCAAGUGGAGGAACAUCAAAAGAAAUUAGUUGCGGAGCAACUGGCCAGGAAGGAGAGGCUCGCCAGGGAACUAAGAGCUGAGAAGGGACGACUCGAAGCGAUGAAGAAAGAAGUGCAAGCGUUAGCUCGACCGGUCGAUCCCUCGGUAUCGCCUCAAGAGCUGAAGAGAAAGCUGAGGAGCGAAAUAUAUAUGCUGCAAGUCGAGUGCGACAGAUUGGCCGACGAGGUUGAUCAAUGGUCAGACAGACGAGUACCAUUGGGCGAGACCAACGAGGAGUUUUAUCAGGGCAUUUAUACCGGCCAGUCGUUGCCAACGAGACUGCCGAAUCACCAACCGCCGCGCUUACCGAGUCAACCACCGGCGUGGCGGCCGGAGCAGCCGACGACGGUCGCGAGUGAUAAUGACCGGGAGGAACGGGACGAGCCCUCGUGGGUCUGCACCAUGUGCACCUUCGACAAUCAUCCAUUGAUGAACAAGUGCGAGGAGUGCGACAUGCCGAGACUGUUGAACCGCGGCAGCAGUGCAGGGGAGACGCAAGAUAUUCAUAUACGAGUAACGCAUCACCACAAUUUUUCGCCACGGCGUGAGUAUACUUUAUACCGAUGCUUCCGUUCAAAUCAAAUUAAUAUUUUGCAAGUAUAAAAACUAUUUACUUUACUUCUAAAAUAACGACGUAUUAUUUUUCCAGAUAUAGUGCACAGUUGGGUGGUAUGAUGCGAACUGAAUUAGAAGUUUUCAAAGAACUGUACAUACAUAUAAAAAAGGAUUAUUAUUUAAAUUAAAUAAACAAAUUUUGUAGGGGCUAAGUGAUUGUAAUAGAAGAUAUGUGACUAAUGUAAUAAUUUAACUUAAUUUUUUAUUUACGGUUAGUGCACAUUGCCCGUUUUCUGGCAAUUACAUUUCUCUCUUGUCGAGGUAACCUCUACGCGUUUUCAGAUUUUCGCAUAUCGCAGAGAUUAGGCGCCAGUAAAAGCAACAAAAGAUACAUUCUACUAAACACUACAAAAUUCUUUUCCCUCCAGAUUCUUAUUUGUAUAAAAAGUCAUCGUAUAAUACGUAAAAUACAAGUAUUUGUGAUAAUUACA